AUGGAGGAUCAAGAGCCGCAGAGGGUCGAGAAGUGGAAGACCUCACCCGGCGGCCCGCUCGAGAGACACGUGCAGACCUCCAGCGGGGAAAACGCGCAAACCUCCAGUGGCGAACACGCGGGCGAUGCGGGUAGUGACUUGAGUGACCCAAACGAUGAUGAGACCAACGCCGAGACUGCGGUCGACUUACAGUGUCACGAACCAGUCAUGGGGGAUGCCAAACGCCCUCGUCUGAGGAGGCACGACGUCGCAGACAAGAACAAGAACAAGGAGAAGGAGGUCAAGGAGGAGACUGACCAGGGGGCGGCGGCUGCCGGCGUGGCGGGCGAGACGCCCGAGAAGGCUAUCGAUGCUGCGAACGAUCGCGGUACAUCUGACCCUACGGAGAGGAAGAUGGAAGAGCAGCCGGAGAACGAGCAGAAGGCGUCGUCCACGCAAGAGAAGUUGAGGCAAGCAAUGUCAACCCGCCAGCUCCAGAGCAAGUACGAGGAGAUUUUCGGAGUCCCCACCAAGGUUCACAACAAGGAUUGGAUACUGAACAAGAUACGCGAAAGAGUCGAGCUAGAACUUCCCACUGAACAGCCAACGGUAUCUCCGAGCGCGAAGUCACAGAAGCGCGCCCAGGCCACCACUGGAUUCGGAAGUGGUGCGGCGAUUGGAAAGGCAAAGGAGGGCGGUGGGACAAAAAAGGGCGGGGCUCCUGUGGAGGUUCCCGUGGGCCAGAUACGAUGCAGCAGAAACGAUGGUAAAAACUGGCGCUGCUCAGAGAUGGCGGUUCCUGGUCACAAACAUUGUCCAAAGCACAUGAGAUGGUCCGCUGGGAGUCGGAGUGCAGCAGCCUCGAAGCAGCAGGGAGCAAAUGGUGGAGUAAAGAGGCCUCGAUGGAUGCCAGAUCCAGGCGCGAAGGACGUGCACAGUGGCGGUAUGCCGUUUGGCGCUCAAAACCCAUUUUUGGCAUCACCCCUUCUGUCAGCGGCCGCAUCCGCUUUAGACGAGCUUCAUCAUAAAGAGAAUAUGAUGCGUGCGCUCGGUGGGAUGAUGCCUGCGGCUUUUGGUUUUGGCAGAUGGCCGGCUUCUGUGCCGGCAGCAUCAGCACCUGGCUCGGGAACGGUCCGACCGACGCCGUCAAAGGCACCGUUCUCAUUUGAAAAUUUACAUACUUCCGCCACAGCAGCAGCAACGCAGUCUGCGAUGGGCGCAUCUGCUGCUGCAUCUGCUGCUGCUGCAGUUGCUGCGAUGGCUGCCGCUAGUGCUGGCAUGGCUGGAUCGCUGCCACCAAGCGUGAGCUGCACUGUUGAGCUCGCAACGUUUCCAGCAGCGGGAGAUACAACAGGACAGGGUGAAACUGGACCAACCAUCCAUCGGACGCUAUCUCUAGCUGCGCUUUCCUCGUUUGAUGCUUUGCACUGCACAUUGGCUGGUAUAGCAGGAGCCCCUCCACCUACUGGCGGUCGCUACGAUCCUUCGACACUUCAAGUUGCGUACACCGACGAGCACGGUGUGCCAAGAGUUCUCGGUGGAGAGACUUGGCCGAUAUUCAUGGCAAGCGCUCGCACGGUUCACGCCAGAAUAUUGGUGACGAAAGAGACAUUGGCAGCAGCUUCACCUUCUGCGGUUCAACCGGUGCCCGCGGCUCCUCCUCAGCUUCCUCCGGGCGCAAUGUUCAAUCCGUUUAUGAUGGCGAUGAUGUCUGGAGGCAACCCUGGGGGAGUUCCCGCGCCUCCUGCCGCGCCAUCUAUUGACCCGAACGCGAUGUAUAUGGCGAUGAUGAUGUAUGCAGCCGCGGGCGGAGGCAUGCCCGGUGCGACAGCAACUCCCUCCGAGAGGCAGGACUCUCCGAGGAAGUAAGUGUUGCGAAGGUCGCACCUUCGAGGAUAGCAAAUUUAGACUUGAAAUUCAAUCACUACACUUGAUUCU